AUGGAGUCCAACUCUGUUUUCGCAGGGCUGAACCGCCCCGGCAGCCAGCAAUGGCCGCAGCGUCGACGCAAGCGAGCGCAAGUGGCCAGGGCGUGUGGUGGCUGCCGCAUCCGCCACAUCAAAUGUGACAAUAGAAUUCCAUGUUCAAACUGUACCAUGAGCGGUAAUGAUUGCAGCAAUAGCGAUGCAUCAACCUCUUUCACUCUCUCCCAGGCUCAUCAAGAGAUUGCAGCGUUAAGACGGAAAGUCAUACAGCUGGAGGCAGAGCUUGAGAGCCGCUCCGGAGAUUUAUCUCAUCAGGCGGAGCUGACAACGCCAACGUCGUCGAUAUCGAGCACUGCCAGAGUCCAAACCAAUCAUGAGUAUCCGAAACAGCUUGGGUAUUGGGGUGGUGUACAGUUUAGCCCUGCUCGUUCUACUAGCAGUCGACCGAUUUGGCUGGGACCAUCGUCAUUGUACUCUUACGCCCAGCGCCUGAGUGCGUUUUUGAGUCUCACACUACAUCAAGAACAUUCGGUGGAUCAGCUGAUACCCAUAUCUGCGAGUGACAAUAAGCUUCUUGAUAGACCAUCUGCAGAUCCCAAGGAGAGCAUGGCCCGUCGGCUUUGCCCAUCGGCCUCGGAACAUCCGCCCAAAUCAGUCUACUUGACGCCUAUACAAGAAGAUUAUUUCAUCAGCUAUUUCUGGCAGACUUACCACGUCUCGCUCUUCCCGAUACUAGACGAGGCACAGUUCAAGAGACAUUAUCAGAGUCUAUGGAUUGCCGGGGGCAGAGAGCGCAGAGACUCCCCUCUUGUGGAUAUCAUCGUUGCAAUGUGCAUGCAGUACCACAUCUCUACCUUACCGCUGGAAUCCCAGAGUUUUCUUGUAGACGACAAAAGCGCCCUCGUAGCCGGACGAUGGUACUACUGGCGUGGACAGACCUUGCUUACCUACGAACUCGAAAGCCCUUCUUUAUCCACGCUACAAUGCCACCUGCUCUGUGCAGUAUAUCUCUGCGGCAGAUCUUUCCAUAAUAUGUUGGACAUUGCUGUGAGUAACGCUGUGCGCACAGCUUACACCCUCGGUCUCCACGUGGACCCUCCGUCCAGCAUGCCAGGGCCAGAACAGGAGUUGCGGCGGCGCCUGUGGUGGGCUGUAUACGUGAUGGAUAGCAAAACAGGGAUGAAGCUCGGCCGUCCAUUCAACCUCAAUAAUACCCAUGCCAUGCCCGCCCUUCCAAGCGAUACCUUCGAGGCUGCGACAAUGGGUGGGAGUGGCUCAGCCUUUAACCCCAUUAACGAGGAUACUACAUGGCUUAGCUUUAAUCUCCAACAGACAAAGCUCUACAUGACCAUUCGAGCUGCCCACAACGCUUUCUAUAACAAGGAUUUCCAUCUACAGGAUGGCCAGACCAUCUGGGAUGACCCCCGUGCACUGCAGGAGGGCGCAGGCGUCUUAGCCCAGUUUGCCCCAAGCCUCCAGACCUGGUGCAAUAAUGUGCCAAACGCACUAAGACUACUCCGUCAGGGAAACAGCAUGCCUUUUUCGACAGAUCCAGGCUCCGCGCUCUUCACCCUUGAGCAAUUCGCUCCCCCGUGGCUGCAGCGACAGCGAGUGCUCCUCGAACUCUCCUACCACCACCUCUGCAUCCAUUUAUACCGACCACUGAUCUCAUUCAAGUACUGCCCGUGUCCAGGAAGUCUAAUUGAAGAGCUAACACUGCGAUGCGUCGCACACGCCGUCUCCUUGACAAAAAUAACCCAUCAAGUGCUCCAGGAAACUUCCAUUCUAGAUGGAUGGCACGAAGCCUUCUAUUUCCAAUGGAAUGCAGCAAUGACAUUAAUUGGGGCGAUAAUGGUAUCCCCAUUCUCAUCGGUUGCCUGCGAUAUAAAGAGCGCAUUGGCCCUAGCAGUCGCAGUGUUUGAGAAUUUCGGCGCGAGGAUGCCUGUCGCGGCGAAUGCGAUGAAGAUAAUACGAUGUCUUCUUCGUAAAGUUGAAAAUUUGGAGCACGGACAGGAUUUGAAUCGGGAUCAGAAUGAGUAUGAGAAUUAUUCUGAAGAGACUCUUUGGGAGGAUCUGUCCGGUCUGCCUAGGGACCAAGGGCAUUCCUCCAGCGGCUUUUGGGCUCCCCUUACUGAAGACGAAAAUGGGAGCAGGGGCCGAUCGGAAUUAGAAUUGCUGGACCUGGUGGGCGAUAUUGAUUUUUGGAAUUCUAUAGACAAGCUCUGGCCGGAGACAAAUUUGGACUAUUGCUUUGGCGCAAGGUAG